CGUAACGCAGCUCCACCGCCGGCCGGCGUCGCGGACUACACGUUUCGCGUCGCCCGUGACUAGUCGGUAGAGUCGGCCGCGGCGGUGUCGUUUUACCAAGGGCGAGGCCGACACCCGCUACAAUAAUAGUAGGCACGCGCCGCGCGCACGACCGUCGCUACCGCCAAAACCACCCCGCCCUAUCUUCCCACACUUUUGCAUUCGUCGGAACCGUUUCCGUUGUUUUUCCGUGACGCAUUCGCUCGCGCGUGUGGCCGUUUACGCGUAUACCCGCGUAUUCCACAUUUCGCAUUUGUCGAUUCGAAAUUUUAUCAGUGUAACUCAUGGGCGUGCUCUUGUCCGAGCGCCCGGCCAUGUACCGCGGACACGGCGGAGUCGCGCAGUAACACACCGGAUCCAAUAACAAUAAUAAUCGCAGUAAACAGGCGCCCGUACAAAACGCAUUGUAUAUUAUUGUUGGGAUAGAGUAGCCGAUAUACGCGCGUUGUCACUAUUAUAAUAGAUCUAUUAUUAAACGUUCGUCUGUACACAGCCGGACAACAUUAGUCACGCGAUCAAUGGACAUCAAGGGUAAGGUAGCCAUGGUUACAGGCGGGGCGGCCGGCAUCGGCCGCGCGUACUGCGAAGAUUUGCUGAAAAACGGAGCUAAAGUAAGAAUUCGAAUUUUUUCCGUAGUUGUUGUACAUUACAGUUUACCUGUUAUUAUAUAUUUCACUCGCGCGCGGAGGAAUACUGCAGCAAGUACAAUUAUAAUAAUAUGCCCGAAGCCGAUCGAUAAACGUUUACCGUGAAACUGAUAAUACCCACGAUGGUAGGUACAUUCGCUUUUUGCCGGAUAGUAAACGGAAUGAUAUUAAACUCCGGUUGCCCUUCCCCCCCCCCUUGGAAUUGCAUUCGCCCCUCGCGAUAAUUACAACUGUCGACAAAAUGUAUUAAUUAGGUAAAUGUACAAUAGGCACCCGUUAGGUACUCGUUUAAUUUACAUAGAAUUAGCAAUGAAAAAAAAGUGAGCCCUCACCAGAGUAAUUUUCUGGGUUCAACACUGAUUUUAAAGAGCUGAAAAUGAAGAGUGCAACAGAAAUUCGAAUGGCUUGUGUAGCGCUUUGAUGAACGAGUGCAGGAGUCCACCAGAGAGGAUAGAGUAACGAAUCAGUUCGUAAGGUGUAUAGCAUUUAUUAUGUUAUAGAAGUUCUCGAGAAGUGUCAAGAGAUGAUGUGUCAGAGGCCGGAUGGAAAAAACCGAAGAAGCAGCCCCGUAUUUGGGUGGGCCUUGUUGACCGUAAUGGCAAUUUGUAUUUAGUCUAUAUUAAUAGGGGGCGGUAAAUUUAUAUUGAUGCCCUACAAAAACAAAUUAUAUAUAUAUAGGUAUAAUAUUAAACUGUCUGAAUGCAAUUUUUAGAUUCCGAGUGGAGCGAAGAAGCUUAUGGUUUUACAAAAGUUUUUUUUUUUUCUGUUUUGCGGGUAACUUUUCUAUUAGAGAUCUUGCUCCGAUUUUUAUGUAUAGCACCUUUUUCUAAAAGAAACUCGAGGUAGGGAUGUACUUUAGAAAGGUUAAUUUUCGAUUUUCUUAAGAGUUUUCUCAUCAAAUGCGAAAAACUAAGAAAAAAUUGAGGAAAAACGGGAAAAUCGAUACAACAUUUAACAAAUAUUAUUAAAGAAAAUAUAUAAAGCAUAUUUAAUUAUUUACCUGCAAUAUGGUUUAUAUUUAUAUAUUGUUAACAAAGCAUCACUAUCAACUGAAUUCCGCUCAGAAUUGUUUUUUCGUAAGCAAUCGAUGCUUACAAGCAUACAUUAAAAUACUUAUAACAGUGGCUGCAUCAUCCCCCAUUAUCCUAGGACGUCUUUUUUUAUUAUUAUGUAUCUUUUUAUAUAUAAAUAUACUGUGUUCAAAAAUUCUACUAGAAAUUUUGCUCCGAUUUUCAAGUGUACCAUUUUAUCUGAAAUUAAAUUUUCCUGUAGUGGUACUCUAAUAAGGAAGUUAUUUAUUCAUUUUCCAAGCAGUUUUCAAAAUAAUUGACAAAAAAAACGAUAAAUUUUACGAAAAUGAUGUAUUAUUUUCAAUUUUGUUUUCUUGUUGAAAUUCGGAUAAAAAUGUUCGUAGAAACUUAAAAUUUAGACUUGGACUUUAUAGACAGGAUUCGCCUUUUAUAAAUGUGGUAAAAUUUGCAAAAAAUUUGAGUCAUUUUUUAGCUAUUUAAUGCCAUUUUAAUUUUGUGAGCUUUUUUACAAUUCGGUAGUUACUCUGUGGAUAAAAUUGUUAGACCAAACAGAAAUGCUUAAAAAUUUAACAGGAGGUUCAUUAUAAGUUGUACUUAAUGGUCAACCAAAAAAAUUUGGAAGUAGUAUUUUUUUUUUUUUUUAUAAGAAUUUUAAUUUCAAAUUUUGACAAAAAUCUUAAAUAUUACGGCCUUUCGAAUCGUACAAUCGAACUCCUCUCAGAAUCGUUUUUCGUUUGCAAAGAUUAAUCUUUACCUACAUCCAUAAAACACAUUCAUAUACAUUUAAUUCUUCUUUAUAUCCUACCUUUCCAACUUCUCACUUACUACAGCGGCUUACCUAUCGUUUCGAAGUAUGUCCGUCAGUUUUUAAAAAUGUAUACACCAAUGUCGGCGCCAAAGUUGGAAAACGUGCACGUCCACACUAAAUAUCAAUAAAAUAAAUUUUGUCCACGUAAAUAUGUCUGACGAAAAUGACGCGGUGUUCUAUCCCAUAUCACCGGUCUUUCGUGAUAGUAAAUCUAUUAACUAAUUAAGAGACCAUGAUUUCUUUUAUCCACCCCAUAAUAAUAUUUGCGUAAAAAUAAAUAGUUUUCUCAAGAAUCUAAUAAUUAAUAUAAAAUAAUAUUCUUACAAGUUCACAAAGUAUUCCAAAUGAAAACCAAUUUCAAACGGCUCUGCAGGGUGCGCGACGAAUGAAAUAUAUAUGUCGCAUCCACAUAUAGUGAAAUCACUCAUUUCACGAAUUAGAUAUCUAGAUAAUGAAAUUUGUCCAGAUCGUGAAUUUUGACGAAAAUACAUUUCAUAAGAUGGACCUAUUGUGUACUUUGUAUAACUAUUAUAAAACAAAAUGUUUUAUAUUCUUUAGCGAUAAAUAAUCAUAUUAUAUCAUAGUAAACUAUACUUUUCUGUAUUGUUUUAUGAACAAAAAUAUAACAAUUAUAGUCAAUAAAUGAUAUUAUAUUUUUAUUUUAUUUUUCAUAAACUUACUUCAUACUUAUAUACUGCUUUAUUAGCAGUUUUUAUGGUUAUUUAACCGUGUUAAAAUGUAUAUUUGAUUUAAUUAAAUUGAUUUUUAUGUAAGUCCAAAAUUACUUUCGUUUUAAUUUUUACCAUUUCUAUGUCAUCCGUAAUGGAGCGCAUUUAAUAAACAGUUUUUUUAUAGAUUUCAAUUUAUAAUAUUCAUCCAGCUUUUCAGAAAAUGCGUUCGUUUAUUCCAUUUUUAUUUAAAAUUGAAAAUUAUAAGCAAAAUAGUACCUGCGUUAUAUGCAUAACACAAACACUCACUAUAUGUUAUUUAUUGAACAACUUAGGAGUUAUAUAGGUAUCCGUCAACCGUCAUCCGAUAAGGAAAUAUUCAUUUGAAAUCGGAUGUGGAAUUGCCGAAAUUAAAUUUGGUAUCUCUCUCAUUUAAUAUAGACCAUUGAAACCACGGACUAAGAUAUAAUAUUAAGAUACACUAAUAUAUAUCUUAGUCCGUGAUUAAACAUUAUUAUCUUUAUUGAUAUUGAAAAGUAUAGUUUGUGUUAAGUGUGCUUGUUUUAAAAAUAAUAUGCUAUGCAACAAUUGAUAUCAUAAUAAAUCGUCAAGUAAAAAUAAAUAAUAAGGAAAAUAAAUAUAUAGGUUAAUUUAUUAAUUAUUAUCAAUCAAUUAAUUCGUUUGUUUUUUUAAAUAAAACAAAAUAAGACAUAUAAGUAUAGUUAAUUUCGUGAUUAUUUCAUAAUACUUCAUAGGUAACACUGUCAUUUAUAAAAUACAAUAUGCGUAUGGUUUAUAUAGUUGUCCAUUUCAUGAAAUGGAUGUCCAUAUAAUGUAUUUUCUUCAAAAUUCACGAUCGAGACGAAUUUCACCAUCUGGAUAUCCAGUUCAUGAUUUGAGUGAUUUCACUAUGUUGAUGCAACAUGUAUACCUAUAUUACCUAUAUUAAUAAUGUCUGGUUUAUCAGCGACCAAGUUUCACUAGUCAUUUGGCAUCUGCACGUCAAAUACAUUGUUUAUGACAAUAGGUGCAUAUCGAUAUACAUAUUUUGAUAUUUACCGCCAUUAGUCGGGAAACAAAAUUUUGUCUGCGAUAAUAUUUGUAACAAAAUUAUUGAAAAAAUUUAUGAAAUUUUGUCGGCGACGACCCAGACGUAGAAAUUUAUCCUAUUUUAAAUCAAAUUUAUCCAUAUUAAACGUAAAAUAAACGAAUUUUCUACAUUAUCCUUACGCGAAAGUUAUACCAAACAUAGGUUAUAGGUACAUACGAACUGCCUAUCAGACUUUAAUGUAUAAUUCACGUCGAGAAUUUGUGGAACAUUUACUAACAAAAAUUGACACACUUUACACUUAAUCUCUAUUCCCUACGUAUACAUUGUCAUUGAAAUUAACGAAAAAUAGACUUAACAAUAAAAAUACCAGACUUCAACGUAUAUUUCACGUAGUGGCCAGAGGGUGUAAACUAUAGAAAUGUAAAAUGUACAAUAUUAAUGUAAAUUACGCAAAUUAUCUACGUGUAAUUCAAUAUUAUAUUAUUUAUAUAGAUCUAGUAUAGCUAAAAAGUAUAUUGUUAGGUAUAUGAAAAAUUAAAUACCUAAAUACCCGCGUUUGAUAUGUGUGUCGUGUAAGUCUUAUUAAUUAUAAUAGUUAAGUAGAUUCUAUUAUUGUAGACUUGUAGUCACGUAAUGACCGUAUUGUAUGUAUUUAGGUGUCCAUUUGCGAUAUCAAUGAGGACGUCGGCGUAAAGUUGGCUGAUCUGUUGGGCGCCAAAUUCGGAAACGCCAAAGUGAUAUUUUGUCCGUGUGAUGUCACUGAUUAUCCACAGUUUCAAGGUAAAUAUUAUGGGUGCUAGAGUAAGUACUAUAGGUACUGAACAUAGUUUAGGGGUGCAUAGUCUUAAAUAUGUGAUAAAAUCAAAAAAAUAUAUAAAAUAAUUGUAAUUGGUUUGGAUCAACAACCAGAUAAAUUCACUUUUUGAAAUUUGUUCAGGGCUGAUAAAACACGUUUUAUUUUUAUGAUAAGUCAAUGCCAAAAAUAUUACAACUAAUAUUUGUAUUAUCAACACGAUGUUUAUUUAAUACUAUGGAAUUUAAAUUUAGUUAACUUUUAUUUAGUUUUAGACAAAUACUGACCAUAUUGGAGCAAUAACCAGAUAAAUCCGGAUUUAUCGGUUGUCGUACCUAAAUGUAUGUAGUAAUUUUAUCCUACACAAUUAUUCAUAAAAAAGCGAAUUUCGAAAAAAAUUAGGGUUUAUCUGUUUGUUGUUCUAAGCAUUUAAUGUUUUAUACUAGGAGGACUUAACAGAGUUCUAAUUUUUAUUUUUUGAUUGUAGAUGCCUUUCGAAAGACUAUCGCGGCUUUCGGUGGACUUGACAUAGUGGUGAACAACGCAGGCGUCUUUAACGACCGAUUCUGGGAAUUUGAAGUCGACGUAAACUUGGUAAGAAAUUUACCUUUUACUGUAUAGUGUUGCACCAUAUUAUAUUUAUAAAAUAUAGGCACCACGUACUUAGGUAUCUUAUUAAAAUAUUAUAAUAGUAAACAUUCUAAGUUAUCUUCAUCGAAACACCAUUAGUUACUUAGACAACUUGCACUUUAACUUGUAAGUCACCUAUAGGCAAUAUUGCUAUAUAUUUUAGUCACAUACAUUUUUGGAUUCGAUAACAGUGUAGGAUGUAGUACUAUGGUAUAUUCUUCUAUAGUAGUGGGUGAUUUACAUUUUUCAACAUUUUUAUAAACCAAAAUAAAUUAUUGUCUUUUUAAAUAGCCACCUACCUAUAAUUACCAUAUUUCAUAUUUUAAUUCUAUAAUUAAAUAAUUAUAAUGUUCUCUUUUGUUAACACAUCGAUAACAAAUGUCAACAUUACCUGGGUAGAUAUAGGUAUUUAUUUAUCAUUCUCUAGGAAUAGUUAAACAUUCAAUUUGUACAACGUAAUCAUUAAAUGUACAAUGUUCUAUGUCUUAAUUCAGACAAUUUUUUCCCUGUUAUUUAGUGGAUACCUACUUCAAAAUUUAUAAAAAAUGUUCUGUAAAAAUACGCAGAUAUUUGAAAUUCAUUUUGAUAUUCAGGAAAUAUUUUUUAAGAAAUUUUGUUCGGGGAAAAUAAAUAUUAGUAAUAUUUUCAAUUUUUCAAUUUACUAUGUUUAGAAUGGUGUGAUUAGAGGAACAUUACUGGCUAUGCAACUGAUGGGCAAAGAUAAAGGAGGUCGUGGUGGUACAAUAGUCGUAACUUCGUCUACGAUGGGAUAUAAACCAUGUCCAAGUAUGCCUAUUUAUACAGCAACAAAACACGCUCUUAUUGGUUUCAUUAGGUCAUUUGGAGUAAGUUAUAAGAAUUACAAAAUAAUAAAAAAAAAUGCAUGUAAAUACAUCAUAUACUGAUAUUUGAUAUUGUUAAAUUUAGUACUUUUAUGUUAUAAAAUAUUGUCCUUUUCUAUUGCAUGUUAACAUUUUUAAAAUACAUAAUUUAUUUGUUAUAGGAUCCUUUUCAUACAAAUUUAACGGGGAUUCGUGUGAUAGCUUUAUGUCCAGGAAUGACAUUGACUGAUGCAAUACCUGAGGAUGUAAAAUUGGCAUUAUUAUCACCCAAUUUUAUUCACAUUUGGGACAGGGACGUUUCAUCUCAAGCUCCUCAAGCGUGAGUUACUCAAUUGUUGUUUAGUUGAUUAUUUAUUUAAACCGAAAUUAACAGAGCUACUGAGAUACUGAUGACAAGUGUGCCGGUGUGCUAUUGUUCUAGGUGGAAAGGUAGUACACAAAGUUAUUUAAUUCAUAUCUGUAGGCAACGAUAAAUAAUUACUUAUGAAUAACUAUUAUGAGCGAAAUUCGGUUAUACAUAUUUUGUAAUAAUAAUUGUUAAGAUUUAAGUUAAAAUUUGAUCUUAAAAAGACAUCCUAGGAUAAUGUAGACAGGUGCAGCCUCUGUUAUAGGUAAUUUAAUGUACCUAUAUCUGUAAGCAACGAUAAAUCAUUGCUAACAAAAAAAGGUUUCUAAGCGAAGUUGAUAGUCAUGCUUUGUCAACAAUAUAUUAUGUCAUUAUGGUAAAAUAAUUAAAUAGGCAUUAUAUACUUUCUUCGAUAAUAUUUUUUUAAUAUUGUACCGAUUUUCCCAAGUUCUCAUGUUUUUUUCCCGGUUUUUCACAUUUGCUGAGAAAACUCGGGAAAAUCGAAAAAUUAUCUCCUUAAAGUAUCUUCCCAGUGAAAUUUCCUUUCGGAAAAAAUGUUAUCAUUUUAAAUUGGAACAAAAUCACUUGAAGAAAAGUUGUACACAGAAAAAAAAAGACCAUAAUAUUUUUUUACUGAUACCUACAUUUCGUACAUUUUCCGUUUUCCCAGAUAUUAUAAAAACCAUUCGAAAAAAGACCUCCCUAAAGUACUAUGUAGAUAAAUUUCCUUUCAGAAAAUAAGCUACACUAGAUACAUAGGAGCAAGAUUUCUGGUAGAAAAGUUUGCACCACAAAUCGAGGAGUAAUUUUUUAUUAAAAAAGUCCGAGCGAGUGAUGGCUUGGGUCUCCAGGUAAUCUCCAUAAUGUAUUUGUUUUUCCCUGUUUUGGUAAAAGUGGUAAAAAAAUACAAAAUAUUUUGUUGGAAACUCGGGACUCCUAGGAUGAUAAUAGCUAUGUAUAACCGAUCACGACAAAUAUUCUUUAAAUGAGGCUAUAUAGUUAUUUUACAUAACGAUAGUCGAUAAAAUAUAAUAUCCGGAUAAUAUCAGAACUUAAAAAGCUAUAUUUCGAAACCUAGUCAAUCAGCUCAAUUCUGACUUCACUAUCGUCCUUAAAUCGGCAAUAUACGUAUGUUAAAAAAUAACAAAAUUAAUAAACAAUAAAAGCAUUAUUUUCGUACAUUUUUCGUUUUUUUUACAUUUUAUUCUGGUUUUUUCCAGAUAUUAUGAAAACCGCUUUGAAAAUAAAAAAAAAAUGACCUCCUAAAAGUACUAUCUGAACAACAUUCCCUUUCAAAAAUAGUGCCGCGCGUAUGUCUGAGCAAGAUUUAUGGUAGAAUUUGUGUACACAAGAUAAAAAAGAAAGAAAAAAACAUCUUAGUAAAACCAAUACAUUCUUCGCUACACUCAGAAUCUAAUACUGAAAAUAAUAAAACCAUUAUUUCCAUAAACUUUCUCGUUUUUUUCUGGUUUUGUCUAAUUAUUAUGAAAACUGGUUGGUAAAUCAAAACAGAAAUGACUUACUCAUUAAGAAAAUCCAAAAUGCAACAAAAAAGUUUUUUGUGUUUGUUUUGACAAAAGCAAGAUUUCCGGUAAAUAACAUAAUUCGUAAAUAUUAAAAAAAUGAAAUCGGUAGUGCUACAACACUCCCUUAAAGAUUUUUUUAUAAUUUAGUUUCCGGUUUUUUAAAUUAUUAUGUAAACCUCUUAGAAAUCAAAAAAUUAACUCUUUAAUGCACCAAUUAAAUCCAAAAUACAACAAAGAAAGUCUCUUAUUAUUUUUUUAUUUGAGCAAAAUUUCUGAUAAAAAAGUUUUUUAUACACACACACACACAUAGAAUCUAAAACGAUAAAUUUUUAUAAUAAAUUAUUACACAUAUUAUAAUAUAUGAAGAAUAUUUUAUGAUUUUUAUGUUUCAGAGCUCAAAGCGUCGGACGUGCGUUAAUUCACGUAUUACAAAAAGCUCAAAGUGGUUCGGUUUGGGUCGCUGAAAACAAUAAAUCUGCCAAAGAAGUGAAAUUUCCAAACUUUUAAAGCAGUUCCAUUUGCUACCAAUAUAUUUUUUUAAAUUUUUGUAUUGUUUACAUUUUUUAACGGACACAAUAAUUUGUGGUUGUGUCAAAAUCGAUAUUUUUUUUAAUAAAUCCCAUAAUGCAAUCAUCUACCCACUAUACUUUAAUCAUUAAAAACAUAAAAGCUUUAAUAUAGGUAUUCAUAUACAUAUAUUGCUGUAUGCAUAAUACAUAAUAUAUUAUUUCAUAACCAAUAUAAUAAUAUUGAAGGGUGCCCGGGAAUAUCGUGUAACACUUUGUUCGGAUUUUUCUUUUUUUGGCGGAAUAAGGUGCUGAAAGUAAUUUCAAUCUUUUUUUAGAAUAUGAAAAUUCCCAGAAUAUUAUUUUCAUUGUAAAGAAUCAUUGAUAAUUAAAACGUGCUAGGUACGAGCGUUUGGUUUGUGCGUCGUUCACAGUUAACGAGUUAACGAACAGGAGGUUAAGAAUAACGUGCUAUGUGCAGUCUAAAUAAUAUUAUUCAAGAGAAUAUUUUCGUUACUGUACUGAUAUUUACAAACUGUUAAAUAAAACGUUAUUCCCAUCCACCCUUAAAAUUUCAAUAUCGUUUUGGCAAAAAUUUAGUAACUUAAUAACUAAAAUGUAAAGUUUAAAUUACAAAUUACCUAUACGGCUACACCCAAUGCUCAUGUUAAUCAUAUUAUAUAAUAUGUAGGCACAAAAUAAUUCGAUCCAAUUGUUAGAUAAAUGAUAAAUGAUUAUUGACCAUUAUUGUUUUUGUAUCUCAUGAUUACAGAUAUAUUAUUAUUAUUAAAUAUUUUUAUAAAUAGUUUUUUUUUUUUUAAUAAUUGUUUAUGCCUUAUACCAAAUAAAAUUAAUAAUUAGUUAUUUUUAUUUUUUAUUGUACCAACUGUAUUUUUAAAUUAAUCAUUGGCUGUGAAAUUUAUUGUUUUGAGGUAUGAUAUGCUGUUUACUUAAAACUUGUGCUUGUUUCAAAUAUUAACAAUAUUAAAUUUAUAACGCUUCCCCGAGACCAUAUAAAAUUAUUCUUAAAACUCAUUUUUUUUUAGAUUUCGAGCGUAGCGAGGAAACUAUUGGUUUUAUAAUGCUAUUUAUUUUUUUCUUCUUUGUUCUAGUCUGUAGACACGUUUUUUCCUAGUAAACUUGCUUCGAUGUUUUCUAGCACAAAUAUGGCUCUAAUCGAAAAACAACAAGAGACCAUUAUAUUUAUGAAUAUUUUUUUUUAAUAAGCGUUUUGAAGUCAGAUUUAAACCAAACUGCGCUCGUAAUGGUCUUUUGUCAGCAAUAGUUUAUCGUUGGGUACAGAUAAAUGAAAUAACCUUAUGUAUCCUACCUUCCCAACUUCCCAUCUACAACAGUGACUACAUAGUUGCACCCGUCUCCAGUAUCAGCUUUUUUUAGUUAUCAAUUCGUUCUGGAUGUUCUGUAUUUUCAACUAAAUAUUUGAAACCUACCAAUGUUCUAACAUAAAUAGCAUAUCAGCUCGCAGCCUACAUAUUAUAUUAUAUAUUAUCAAUAUUACCAUUAUUUACUUAUAUAUAAUAUAUUAUAGGUUCUAUAUGUAUGUAUUAAUAAGUAUCCAUUUUUAUAUGCUUUUUGUAAUACUAUUUAUAAUUUGAUAUUUUGUAUAGUAUAAUAUGUAUACUUACUUAUUUCUAAAUGUAUGCCAUAUCGUAUAAUAUAUCAGGAUAUGUACAGAGUUCAUUCUAACAGAAAUAUAAUUAAUAUAAAAUAAUAUGGUACCUAUACAACUUCACAGCAAUAAGUUCGUAAAUCUUUGUUGAACACUGUUUAUACUACUUACAUAUGUAUUAAAAUUUAAAAG